AUGCACACGCGCACUCGGUCGCGGUCGAGCUCCGUCUCUGGCUCCCCCUCCAAGCCCCAUCACGGCGCCGGAUCCAGCCUCCGCUCGCCGACGACGGGGGUCGGUUCCAGCUCCGUCUCGACCUCGCAGCAACAUUCGUACCGGAUCCCCAUCAUCGGGCAUAGCAAUUCGCACAUCGCCUCUCCCGUGAUCAAUGGCCCGGGCGCAUCGGGCAGCAAUAGCCACAGCAAUGCCCACGGCAGCGGCAACGGCAACAAUAUCAAUGCAAGUCGAUCCCCUUCCCUGACCCCUCGUCUCUCGAUCCGUACCCCAUCCAUGAUGCUCCAUUCCCACCCGACCUCGUUCGACCGCUAUUUCCGAUCACCCUUCUCCUCCUUCGUCGCCAAGCGAGCCCGUUCCUCGCGUCGCACGUUGCUCUAUCUGCUCCUCCUCCUGACGAGCUGGUUCCUCCUCUCGCGCCCAUCGACGACGAACGAGCUCGUCAAACUCAAGGCACUCGAAACGGCAUGUCGCAUCUUUCCUUGGAAGAGCGAUUGUCUAGGCGUACAUUCACCCUUCGACUACCUUCAUUUCGAAAGGGAGUUGGGCUACUUGAUGUACCCGGCUCACGAGGCGAGGAAAUCGACGGAGGGAACUUUGGACGAUUCGGGGUCUGGAACCGAGGCGAGGUAUUUGGGGUCGAGGAAGAAGUUUACAGGGAACGGGGCAGAGAACGUUGCUGCGCCUUCCCAACCUCAUCCGAUCCAUUUGUUGAUGGAUUCGGCAAAGCGGAUGUGGACGAGGAAGGUCGAACGACAGAGCAAGACCUUGAGGGAGGCCGUCGAGGUGAGUUUCUCUCGUGGAGGUACCAGAGCUUGACCAGAAGGCAAUCCAGAAAACUGACGAAACUCUCACGACUUGGCAGGAAUAUGAAAGGCGCUACAACCGACGGCCACCGAAAGGAUUUGCCGACUGGUGGUGGUACGCCAAAGGGCACAACUUUCUCCUCGUCGACGAAUUUGAUUCCCUCGACGAAAAGAUACUACCCCUCCUCGCGAUACCUUCGAGUGUCAUGCGAAAACGAGCCGAAACGAUUCAACACGAUGCAAACUUCUGGAUCCAGGACAAGACGUUUACGUUGCAAUUGUCUGGAGGGGGCAAGGGCGUGGAUGCUUCGGGUCCGAUGUCGAUUCAUGUCGAUCGACCGAAUCAGAUGAAGCAGCUAAUUCAACCGAUUGCAAAGUACCUGCCGGAUAUGAAUCUGACGUUUACGGGCCAUGAUAUUCCUUGUGAGUCUGCGUGGCUGAUGUUCCUUUGAACAAAUUGGGGCUGAUCGAGUUGACUUGAAUUUAUCUCAAAGGGAUCGUAAUGAGUGGGGAAGCAAGAGAGCAGCACAUACGGAGUGCGAAGGCGGGACAAUGUGAGUGAACGGUUCUCCAACAGAAGUUGGCCAUGGGCUGACUCGUUCAUUGCUCCUCUCCUAAGACGUACCCGAGAAGUUCUUGACGGACCCCAUCGACGACUGGAAAUACGACGGGUGGGCGCAAAGCUGUCCCCCAAACUCACCCAUGCGCAAAGCCGCUCGAUUUUCGGACCGACUCAAAGACCAAGCCAAAGUGGCACCGCCGGCCCAGAAAAGCCUCAUUCACGAUCACGUCCAAGCGAUGGACGUAUGCUCUCACCCCGAACGACAAACCCUUCACGGCUUCACGUUGUGGGACGGUCCUCGCUGCGGUUUGGUCUACCCUUUGUUCGCGAUGACGUCAACGUCGAUGCAUUCCGAUUUGUUGGUCCCUCCUAUCGAUCAGUACGAUCGACCUGUGGGCAAUGAUCCGAGGUGGGAGGAGAAGAAGAGGGAUAAAAUUGUGUGGAGGGGUUCGACGACGGGCGCGGAUUUGAAUCUGGCUUGGAUGAGGAUUUACUCGCAGAGACCGAGGUUGUGUCGAUGUGAGUUAUGCCGAGAUCGGCGAAACGACUUUUCGUGAUGCUGACUCCAAUUUCUCAUCUUACCCUCGCGCAGUACCCGCUCAGACAGGCCCGAUCACCCUGACUUACGCCCCGAAUGACAAAUUCGGCCAACUCGGUCCCACGCAAGAAUUCACCGCGGACAAGCGCACCCUCGCGAAGGAAUGGUUCGACUUUCAGUUCCUCGGCAAACCUGAACAAUGCGGCGAUUCGGUCGCGUGCGCCGAAUUCGCCAAGGAGUUCACAUGGUCUGAAUAUAUGGGCCAGGACGAGCAGAAUGAGUACAAGUAUGUGAUGGACGUGGAUGGGAAUGGGGUGAGUUUGACUGGGCGAUAUUUAUAGAUGACGGUGCACGAGGGUUUAAUGUCUGGUAUCUGAGCGAUCUCACAGUGGUCGGGACGUUUCCAUCGCUUGCUUUCGACCAACUCGCUCGUGUUCAAGAGUACCAUCUUUCCCGAGUGGUAUCGCGACCAUAUCCAACCUUGGCUACAGUACGCUAAGUUCACCUCUACCGCACCUUCCAAGGCCUCUCAACUAACGCGCCUUUCACUUUUUCUCAUAGCUACGUCCCCAUCUCACCAGACUAUAACGACUUAUGGGAAGUGAUGGCCUUCUUCAAAGGCGAUGAGAACGGUAGGGGCGAACACGACGCGUUGGCAAAGGAGAUUGCGAUGGCCGGUAAAGAGUUCGCCAAGACAUGUUGGAGGAUGGAGGAUAUGAGGAUUUGUGAGUCGGUAAAAUGAGUGUGCGCGUGGGAAAACAAAUUGUACUGAUACUCUGUCCGCAGAUACUUAUCGAUUGUUGCUCGAGGUGAGUGCUGCGUUUUUGCGACGAUCUUUCUGCUGUGAGGAAGGAAGGCUGACCUUGCCCAAUUCAAAUAUGUGCCUCGUCAUAGUACGCUCGUGUUUUGUACCGCGACGACGAUAACCCGACGUCGAUGGACAUGUAA